UAGAUGUGAAUAAACUCCAAAUUCAUUCUUGAUCUAAGUUUAUGAAGAAUGAGAAAUGAAUUACACUAGACUAUCAUCUGAAACAGCAACAUGAUCGAACUUUAGAUAUAUUCUUAUUUUAUUAUAAUGGAAAUGUUGCAUCAACACCACUGGUCUUGAAGAUAAAACCUAGCAUUCCUUUGUCUUUGGUUGGAUAUGAGUGAUAAGAAAUCUUCACAAGAAUUAAAACACAAGCCUAGCAGAGGUUCCUUAAAAUACAAAGAAUCUGCAAGAAUUAUGCAAUCAGAUGAUUACUUUGCCAGAAAAUUUAAGGCUUUGAAUGGUAAUAUGGGUCCUCCCAUAUCUCUAAAUGUGACCAGUAAAAGUGAAAAUAGUAACUCAGCCAACAGUACUCCUGCUGUGCCUAAAAUGGGAGUCCGAGCCAGAGUAUCUGAAUGGCCACCUAAGAAAGAGUGUGUCAAGGAACUAACCAACGCUACCUGGGAAGAUAGACCUCAGAGUGAGAGUGGUGGAUUAGUAAAUGGGGAUCAGAAUGAAGGACAGCAAAAAGAACAGCUUGAUUUGGAAUUUGCAGGGGCCAAGUAUGCACUAGGGGACAUUUUUAUCCAUUCUCCACAUAGGGGACUUCAUCCUAUAAGGCAAAGAAGUAACAGUGACGUUACAAUCAGCGAUAUCGACACCGAGGAUGUUCUGGACCAGAAUGCUGUGAACCCAAAUACAGGAGCAGCUCUUCAUCGGGAAUAUGGUAGCACUUCAUCAAUUGACAGGCAAGGUUUGUGUGGAGAGAACUUUUUUGCAAUGCUUCGUGGCUAUACAGUAGAGAAUGUUGAACAUAAAAUACAUGCACCAUUUGGACUUCCUGAAUUUUUCCACUGUGACUCCACAAUUUCUCCAAGUCUCCAUGCAGCAACCCAGAUUUCAAGAGGAGAAUUUGUCAGAAUUUCUGGACUGGACUAUAUGGAUAGUACCUUGCUUAUUGGUAGAGAUCAGGAUAAACCUUUCAAAUGGAGAUUAAAAUCAGAAUCAGUAGAAACAUCUCUUUUUAAAAAACUGAGAACUGCUAAAAGUGAACAUGAAACACUAAAAUUCGCAUCUGAAUUUGAGGAUAGUAGAUUUGAGAAGAAUGUUCAUCCUUGGAAUUGUCAAAAGUGCUUUGCACACUAUGAUGUUCAGAGUAUUCUGUUUAAUAUAAAUGAAGCAAUGGCUACUAGAAUUAAUGUGGGCAAAAGAAAGAAUAUAACCACUGGGGCAUCAGCUGCAUCACAGACUACAAUGGUAACAAGUCAGAUUGGGAGCUGUGAAUCUCCUUUGGGAAGUAAAGAGGACCUAAAUUCAAAGGAAAAUCUAGAUGCUGAUGAAGGUGAUGGGAAGAGUAAUGAUUUAGUACUGAACUGUCCUUAUUUCAGGAAUGAAACUGGUGGGGAAGGUGAUAGGAGGAUCGCACUCUCUAGAGCAAAUUCAGCAUCUUUUUCUUCAGGAGAUAAUUGCUCUUUUGAAUCUUCACUAAGUUCACAUUGCACAAAUGCAGGUGUUUCUGUAUUAGAGGUACCAAGGGAAAAUCAGCCAAUUCACAGAGAGAAAGUAAAACGUUAUAUCAUUGAGCACAUUGAUCUUGGUGCCUAUUAUUACAGGAAGUUCUUCUAUGGAAAAGAGCAUCAAAACUACUUUGGAAUAGAUGAAAAUUUAGGACCUGUAGCAGUCAGCAUCCGAAGGGAGAAGGUUGAAGAUGGAAAGGAAAAAGAAGGUUCACAAUUCAACCAUCGAAUAGUGUUCAGAACAAGUGAGCUUACAACACUGAGAGGAGCCAUUUUAGAAGAUGCCAUUCCUUCUACUGCUAGACAUGGCACAGCGCGAGGCUUACCACUUAAGGAAGUAUUGGGAUAUGUAAUACCAGAAUUGAAUAUUCAGUGCCUAAGGCAAGCUUCCAACUCACCCAAAGUGUCUGAACAGUUGCUUAAGCUGGAUGAACAAGGGCUAAGUUUUCAGCACAAGAUUGGAAUCUUAUAUUGCAAAGCAGGCCAAAGCACUGAGGAAGAGAUGUAUAACAAUGAGACAGCAGGUCCUGCUUUUGAAGAAUUCCUUGACCUUCUGGGUCAAAGAGUAAGACUGAAAGGCUUUAGUAAAUACCGAGCACAAUUAGAUAAUAAAACUGAUUCAACCGGAACUCAUUCUCUUUAUACGACCUAUAAAGACUAUGAAAUAAUGUUUCAUGUUUCAACUAUGCUUCCAUAUAUGCCCAGUAAUAGGCAACAGCUUCUACGGAAAAGACAUAUAGGAAAUGACAUUGUUACUAUUGUCUUUCAAGAGCCUGGAGCACUUCCUUUUACUCCAAAAAAUAUCCGUUCUCAUUUUCAACAUGUCUUUGUCAUUGUUAAAGUCCACAAUCCAUGCACUGAAAAAGUAUGUUAUAGUGUUGGAGUUUCAAGAUCAAAAGAUGUUCCACCUUUUGGACCACCAAUCCCUAAAGGAGUGACUUUCCCUAAGUCAGCAGUUUUCCGGGACUUCCUUUUGGCCAAAGUUAUUAAUGCAGAAAAUGCAGCCCACAAAUCAGAAAAAUUUCGAGCCAUGGCAACCAGAACACGUCAAGAAUACUUGAAAGAUCUAGCAGAAAAUUUUGUUACUACUGCUACAAUAGAAACUUCAGUCAAGUUUAGUCUCAUUUCAUUAGGUGCAAAGAAAAAAGAAAGAGUUAAAGCAAGAAAGGAUGCUCACUUAUUCAGUGUUGGAGCAGUAAUAUGGAAUGUGAUGGCACGAGACUUUGGUCAGUCUCUUGACAUUGAAUGUCUGCUUGGUAUCUCAAAUGAGUUUAUUGUGUUGAUUGAAAAGGAAUCAAAAAAUGUGGUGUUUAACUGCUCCUGCAGAGAUGUUAUUGGAUGGACGUCUGGGUUAAUGACCAUAAAAGUCUUUUACGAAAGAGGGGAAUGCAUUCUUCUGUCUGCAUUUGAUAACUGUGCUGAUGACAUCCGAGAAAUAGUUCAAAGACUAGAAAUAGUAACCAGAGGAUGUGAAACAGCAGAAAUGACCUUGAGAAGAAACGGCUUGGGGCAGCUUGGAUUCCAUGUCAACUUUGAAGGGAUUGUGGCAGAUGUGGAGCCUUUUGGCUUUGCAUGGAAAGCAGGCCUACGUCAGGGCAGUCGCCUAGUGGAGAUCUGCAAAGUAGCUGUAGCAACCCUUACUCAUGAACAAAUGAUUGACCUAUUGCGCACAUCUGUGACAGUAAAGGUGGUGAUUAUCCAGCCUCAUGAAGAUGGUUCACCUAGAAAGGGAUGCUCAGAACUCUGUCGAAUUCCCAUGGUGGAGUACAAACUGGACAGCGAAGGCACCCCAUGUGAGUAUAAAACUCCUUUCCGGAGGAAUACUACUUGGCAUCGGGUGCCAACUUCUGCUGGGCAGCCUCUCUCUCGUGCCUCUCCAAUCUUAGGAACAUCUGAUAGACUGCAGUGCCAGCAGCUUCUCCAUCAGGCACAAACUGCUAUUCCUCGCAGCACUUCUUUUGACAGAAAGCUUCCAGAUGGCGCAAGAAAUUCUCCAAGCAACCAAUCAUCUUCCAGUGACCCAGGACCAAGUGGGAGUAGUCAGUGGAGGCACCAAGUAGGAUAUGAUGGAUGCCAGUCCCCUUUACUUCAUGACCAUCAAGGUCUCUUGGAGAGUGAAGAAGGUAGAGAACAUGAAGAAUCUUUGGAAGGGUCCAGACAUCCCAAUGAAACAAAGUGGCAUGCACCAUCAACCAAGGUCUUGAGUUCCUAUAAAGACCGGGCUUUACAGAAGGAAAACAAUGGGAAGGAUUCACCAAACAAAUUUUCUCAUAUUGGAGACAAAAACUGUUCCAGCCAUUCCAGCAGUAAUACUCUAUCCAGUAACACAUCAAGCAACAGUGAUGAUAAGCACUUUGGUUCUGAAGAUCUAAUGGACUCUGAUUUGCUUGGAUUAACAUAUAUUAAGGGAGCCUCUACUGACAGUGGAAUUGAUACUGCUCCUUGUAUGCCUGCUCCAAUAUUGGCUCCAUUGCACAUUUCUGGAAGUCGGUCAGGGAUUCAUGGUCGGACCGAUCAGUGGGCUGAAUCAUCUGAAACUCCAGGACCAGAUGAUGAGAUGAAAGUGUAUGCUGUUCACAGUUAUGCUUCAGCCAUUUCUAGCAGUCAUAUAGGUGAUGGUAGCAUGGGAGACCUCAGUGAAUUAUCUUCACAUUCUAGUGGGUCACAUCAUUCUGGAAGUCCUUCAACACAUGGUCCUAAAGGCAGUGGAUCAUUAGAUACCUCCAAAGUAUAUAUAGUCUCACAAAAUUGUGGUCAGCCAAUCUCUGGAUCAAUGGCCAAAUGCUACCCUCGACAAGGGGCAAUAAACAAAUAUGUUAUUGGCUGGAAAAAGUCAGAAGGUAGCCCCACACCUGAGGAAUCUGAAAUUUCUGAAUGUCAAGGGAUGUAUAAUUAUGUUGAUGGCCUUUCUUCAAGUCAGCUUCAAGCUUCUGUAAGGAGUAUAGUUUCUGAAAGCCAGCAAGCCCUCUCAAAAGAAGAGUUUCUGAAGUUGAUGAUUCAGGAUAACAUCUCUGCAGAGGAUGGAAGAAGAAAGUUUUCAUUUUAUGGCAACCUAUCUCCAAGGAGGACAUUGUAUCGUACUCUUUCUGAUGAGAGCAUAUGUAGCAAUCGGAGAGGAUCUUCCUACGCUAGCUCACGGAGUUCAAUGCUAGACCAAGCUUUGCCAAAUGAUAUUUUGUUUAGCACUACGCCACCUUAUCACAGCACCUUGCCUUCUAGAACAAGUUUAACCAAUGGUAUUGGAAAUCUGCGACAUGAACUGUGGUUCUCAGAUGGAUCUUUAUCUGACAAAUCAAGAUUCAAUGAUCCAGGCUUAAUGCCCCUUCCAGAUACAGCAACAGGAUUAGACUGGUCUAAUUUAGUUGAUGCUGCACAAGCAUUUGAAGAUUUUGACUCUGACGAAGAACUUGGGCCAGUCUGUCAUCACACUUCGUUUCUAGAUCAAAGGGUGGCAUCUUUUUGCACCCUGAACGACAUGCAGCAUAUGCAGGGUUUGGAGAAUAACCAAGCCUUGGGCUCAAGUCCAACAAAUGAAAAAGACUUCAUUGAUGCUAAUGGAGAGGAUAGCCCUACUACAUUGACUGGAAAAGUAAACCAGCUAGAAGUGAUCCUCCGACAAUUGCAAACUGAUCUUCGAAAGGAAAAACAAGACAAGGCAGUUCUCCAAGCUGAAGUCCAGCAUUUGAGGCAAGAUAACAUAAGACUUCAAGAAGAAUCACAAACAGCAGCUGCUCAGCUAAGAAAAUUUACAGAAUGGUUUUUCAAUACAGUAGACAAAAAAUGCUAAUAUCUGAAUUUUCAAAAAACACUUGAAAAACACUUAAUAAUUUUGAAUUUGCCUAAUAUUAUUUUAAUGUGUUCUCAAUCCUUUUUACAUUUUCUGCUAUAAUUUCCACCCAGGCCUCUUCAUUUGAACAAAGCUACAAACUAUUAGAAACUAUCUUUAUAUCCAAUUGAAGACGAGAAUGAAUGACAUACAUUUGCUUUUGUGAAAAUGAAUGUACAUUCCUAGUGUCAUUUUAGACAUUUUAGAGUAUAUUUCUAGUUUGAGCAUGCCUGGAAGAGAAUGAUUUGGGGUUUAUCGUCACUCCUUCAGGUGCUCCAGUGAAGUUGCUAAAGCAAUUUAUGGUAGCUUGGGUUUCAGCAUUGUAAGAUAAAGAAAGUAGACAUAUACUUUCAUGUUUAAAGGUGCUCUAUUUUUUGUAUGUACAGUAGAUAUUUCCACAGUCACAUUGUCAUAGCAAUAAGAAUGGAAGUAGAAUUAAAUAGUCACAAAGCUGUGUUUAUUAAUAAAAAUAGCACUGAUAAGUUUAAGAGUAGUUUGGAUGCAGAUAUAUUAGGAAUUAUUUAUUUGCAGAAAAAAAUGGUGCCUGAAUUUAAACUGUGUUCUGAUUUUUCUAAAGAUACACAUGCCUUGUACAAUGGCUCAUUUGAUCAGUUCACUGUCAGUGACUUUAUAUAAUUCAUAUUCAGCAAAGAUGGUUAUAGAGAGCCUAAUUAUAAUAAUCCUAUGUGGUGUGAACCAGCCAAUCAUUUGUAUAAUGCCAGAUUUGUUUAUCUUUGUACAGAAGCUUUGAGCGUGUGACUUGUAUUUAACAUCUUUAUUUAAGCUUAUUUAACCUCUUUAAUUUUAUAAAGCUUUACCUGCACUAUGGUGAGGAGCGGGUUGCAAGCUACCAUGUGUGUUUAGCUUGUCCAAAUGGCACUGCAGAGUUCUAGAAGAGUCUAACAAUUGAAUGCUGCUAGUACACAACUUGUGUUUGUAUGCUUUAACAUUUUAACUGUUUUGUUUGAAAUGAAUAUACAUUGCUUUUUUAAAAAUAAAUGUUUAAAAUAUCAACCACAAAGAA